CAGAAAAGAAAGUCGUUGCCGUGUGUACGCUCCUGAGCGCUGGGUGAAGACUAAAAAUAUGAAGAAAAACUGGUCCCGUGAAGACAAGUUCUAUGAAAAUUCUGGCUGUUCUUCGCAAGAUCCACAAACAAGCUACCAAUAUCAAAGUAGCCAGAUGUGUGAGGACGUGGUGAAACCCCAGCAGGAGCAUAACAUUUCAAGCACCCCGAUGGCCAUGGCUGUGGAUUUUAAAACUUAUGUGGAGCAAGCAUGUAGAGCUGCUGAGGAGUUCAUCAAUAUUUACUAUGAGACAAUGGACAAAAGAAGACAUGGACUCGUCAGACUGUAUUUGGACAAGGCCACCCUAGUUUGGAAUGGAAAUGUUGUUACAGGGCUUGAAGCCCUUUCUAAUUUUUUUGAGGCAUUGCCUUCCAGUGAGUUCCAAAUCAAUACGCUGGACUGCCAACCAGUGCAUGAGCAAGCUACCCAGUCUCAGACUACAAUUCUUGUUGUGACCAGUGGAACCGUAAAGUUUGAUGGGAACAGAAGACACUUCUUCAACCAGAAUUUUCUUCUGACUGCACAUAGCACUUCUAACAGCACCGUGUGGAAGAUUGCAAGUGACUGCUUCCGUUUUCAAGAUUGGGUUAGUUGCUAAAGAAGCAAAAGCCCAUUCUCUAAGUCCAUUAAUUCCAGCAAGAGAAGUUGAAUGUUAACUAAUAUAUUUCAUUGCAAACUAUAAACCAGUAUUGCUGAAACAAAAUGUAUUGUUUUUUUUAUUGCUAGCAACACUUUUGAUAGAGCAGCUGCCAGUUUGAAUUAUUGCACCUAAGAGCUUUAAAGAUAGAUUUUUUUCGUACUUUAUGUAUACAUUCCACUACUGAUAUUCUCAGGGCAAUAUUAAACUUGAUCUAGGUACUAAGAUUGUGAAUCCAAUCUAUUGCACAAAUGGAGUCCUUUUGUAAUACUGUCUGUGGAAGAGCACAACAUAGCUCUGAAAGAGGAAGUAGUGGUGUUACGGUUAUUAAGAUAAUUUUUCAAUGAAACACAUGCCUGUUUAUGAUUAACACUGGUCAUAUGUUUUAAUAGUUAAGUUUAGAUGUUUGAAGUCAGUUCAACUUAGUUUAUACUAGUACUCUGACAUAUUUGAAUUACUAGAAGUGUUUUUUAACACAGCCCAUUUUUAUUUUUUAUCUUAUAUUUCUUUUUAUAAUCCAUAUUGCUUUAUAAUCCAUAUUCUAAUCCAUAUUGUUUUCUUACUUUGACAUGUAUCCUUUUGAAAUGAGGUGAUCAACUAGAUAUGUGAAAAAUGUUCUCGACUGAUUCUUGAGUUUUGGGUGCUUUUACUGGCAGUAACACCUUUUAGACAUUUUCUUGGCAGCUUCAGGUCAAUAUAUUUCUGUGAUGAGUAGCAGUGAGACCCAAAGCUUUAAUGGGAGAACAGGGAAUAAGAAAUGUAGAAAUUCAAGACUGAAGUCAAAAAAUGUGAGAGAUGAUCAAGUGAUAAAAUAAGUUCUAGUUUCCUCCUGGUAGUAUAACCUUGUUUGAGGAUUUAACUCCCAGAGUCUCUAAGUAUUCUUGCCAAAUGGUCAGAAAUUGGCUUACAUUCUAAGAAUUGUAUUUUAAGAUCUUACUUCCCUUUGUACUUGUCUCCAGUAUCCAUCCCAGUUUCUUCAAGAACUUCUACAAGUCAGCCAUCAGCAGUAAACUUAACUGGGUGACAGAAUCUGCAAAUUAGGGCAAAACCUACUGCUGUCUCUGUACAUACAUAAGGUUUCCCCAUCAACUUCAGACUCCAAGACUUCUGCAUAUUACCCACCACCCACAUGAAUAGUUUUCUCCUCUUGUUCUGUACUGCCGACUUAUUACUUACAAUUUAAAGUUGUCUUCAAUUUUGUAAUUUGUUUUUGUGUAGCACUGGAUAAAAGAAAAAUCAAUAUUAAACCAUCUCUGUGGUCAAAAACAGAAAAGAUCUUCAUGAUAAACUUCAAAGGAACAAACUCAUUAAUUUUAUGUCUUCUAAAAACAAAAAGAUAUAUUUUUAGCUUUUAGCUAAACUUUAAAAUUAUUUGUAAUUUUUAAAUAGUUUAAGCUAAAUAUGCUAGCUUUGUUCUUUAGUACAACCAAAAUUAAAUUUUUACUACUCAAUUUUAAAAAUAUAAUUUAGUUUGGCCCAGAAAUAAACAGUGUAUUAAUGUUUUAUAAAAAUUGAAUUAAGUAGGACGGGAUGGAAUUGAUAUUAAAAUCGUGCCUUAUUUCAGUGCUUAGCAAAACUUACACAUUCUAUUCAGUUUGUUUACUCUUAUUUUGAAUUAGUUUUUCUUGCCUACAUCUUUAGCAGAAACAAUUAAAAUACCCAAGUACUGCCCUUUCUGUUGCUAGAGAAAAGUAUCAAAAGCUAUGUACAGCUAGCAAUAACAAAACUGAACCAUUUUGAAUUACUUUAUCCAUACUCUGUAUAACUCCAUUAUCUGUAUGACAUUUAAAUGGCUGGAACUUCUCAUAUGUGGACUAAACUCUAUAUUUGACAUCUUCAUAUUUUUCUAACUUGAAAAAUAUAAU